AUAGCACAAACAUCGAGACACCACGCGCUACUCGUUUGUUUAAUCUUUAUAACCUUUGAUUCUGAUCUUCCGUAAGAAUUUUAUACGCGUUCGCGCCCACUUUUGAUUUUGAAGGCAUUUGCGAUCGUCGUUUGCUUGCCACACUACGUUGAACGGGGCGUCGGCAACGUUUGAAAAAUCAGGCUUGGCUUGGUGCAGCAAACAACUAGUGGAACUGGUGGAACCCGUUGGCGGUUAAUUGACUGUUAAUUAAAGCAGUGCCCGCAUCUUACCGUUGGAAUUUGAAAAAAAAAAGAAAAUAGAAAAAGAAUUGACUGCAAAAUGUCUCAACGCCAGGGCGAAGAGCGUCCUUUCAUUUCGGACAAGCAGCCAGUGACGCUGAAUCCACAAUAUGAAUCGCAAUUGAAAUCGGACGCAAACGGCAAAGGCAGCUCAAUGAUGUCCAAAAUUGUAGCUGCGCUACCGCCGCCACCUGACAAGUACAAGCUAGUGUUCUUAAUAUUUAUUAUACAUGGCUUGGGCACGCUCAUGCCCUGGAACAUGUUUAUCACUGCCAAGUCCUAUUUCGAAGAGUUUAAGUUGGGCGAGAAUAACACAGUGAAAACUGAGACCAAUUAUCGUGGAAACUUUAUGCAAAACAUGGGAUUUGCAUCACAAAUUCCCAAUGUGCUGUUCAACUGGAUCAAUAUAUUUAUGAAUUUCGGUGGUGAUUUAACCACACGCAUUGUUUACAGUAUAAUAUUUGAAAUUGUGAUAUUGAUUGUGACAGUGGUGCUCGCUAUGAUGGACUCCUACGAGUGGCCUGGCAUAUUCUUUUGGACCACCAUGGGCUGCAUUGUGCUUAUAAAUAUGUGCAAUGGCGUCUAUCAGAGCACCAUUUACGGCCUCGUCGCCUCUCUGCCGCCCAAAUACACGGGCGCUGUCGUCCUGGGCUCCAACAUCAGCGGUUGCUUUGCCACCUCCAUGUCCAUGCUAUGCGCUACAUUCUUCAGCUCAAUGCGCACAUCAGCUAUAUAUUAUUUUGUCACAGCUAUAUUAGUAUUACUUUUUUGCUUCGACACCUACUUUGCGUUGCCCCUAAACAAAUUCUUCAGACACUACGAGCAGCUGAGCCAGCAGAAUGAAAAGAAAUCCGAGUCUAAAACACAACUAAAUGUGCCUUAUUGGCAGAUAUUCAAGAAGGCUUCGCCACAGCUUUUUAAUAUAUUUUUAACGUUUUUCGUUACGUUGUCGGUUUUCCCAGCCAUACACUCGGAUAUCAAGCGCUCCGGAAGAUUUUUUCAUCAGCGAGAAGUACUUUACCAGCAUGACUUGCUUUAUGACCCUUUAAUUUCUUUGCUAUGCUGGGGCAGUCUGACCCACCUCCUGGAUUCAGUGGCCCAAGCCACGAUUCCUUUGGUUACCUGUAGUGCUGCGCUUGGUCUUUAUACCACUGUUUCUUUUCUGCAACUAUCUGCCUAAAGAUGUUGUUAGGACAUUGCCCGUUUAUAUAUCAAACGAAUGGGUUUAUUGGGCAAUAGCUAUUGUUAUGUCCUAUACUUCGGGCUAUCUGAGUUCCUUGGGCAUGAUGUAUGCACCACAGACUGUUAGUGCUAAAUAUCAGAUAACCGCCGGCAUGUUUGCCGCCGCUAUGCUGGUGACAGGCAUCUUUUCCGGUGUACUGUUCUCAUAUCUGGGACCACAUCUUAUACAGAUUUGAUAUAAAUAUGUUCGACCGCAGAUUUGUUAAGUAUACGCUCAGAAGUUGGUUAUUAUUGGUUGUGUGUAAUCAAAAACUAACUCAAUUUUAUACAAUUGUAACUAAACAGAUCAAUCAGAAGAUAUUUUCAAUUCAAAAUAUUGCAUGUUUAUAAUUAGAACUUGUAAUGCUGUAGAAAAGUUCUAAUUUGGGAGCGUCUAUGGUUUGCUUUUACACUUGCGUAAUUAACACAAGACAUUUUGAUUUUUGUACUGAAUUUAUAUUGUAUUUUGCUUUUUAACCAAACAAUUUUUUGGCAUAUUGCCAAAACUA